GCGGCGCGGCGAGCGGAUGGUGGUGGUUGCGGCUGCCGGGCGCCGGCGGGGGCAGGAGCUGGAGCUGGCUGGGAGCGCCUCCCCCCCUCCCCAUCCUCCCUCCUCGGGCAGCGUACACCCUCGUCGCGCCCCGCCGGUGACCACCCUGAGCCGGCAGCGCUGUACGAUGUGAGCGGCCGCUGGGCUCGGCAGCGCCCCCGGUGCUCUCGACGCUGGGGCGGGCAGCGAUGGCCAGAGCCUGGCGUGGGAGCAGCAGCCGCCGUCGCCGAUAGGAAGCGCCGGGGGCAGCUGGGCAGGCGGCGCGGAGACUCCCUCGGGCCGUGCAGCGCUUGUCCCGCCCCGCCCCCUCUCUCCUUCCCCCCCUUCCUCCUCCUCUCCCCGCGGCCGGUGCAUGCGGGGCGCCGGAGGCCGAGCUCGGGUUCCCCGCAGCCGCCGGAGCGAGUGACCCGCGGGGUCCUGCGCAUCCCCGCCAUGUCCUCGUCCAGCUCCUCCCAAACCCCCCCGUCCCACCACCAGCCCCCGCCGCAGAGGAUGAGGCGCGGCGCCGCUGGGUCCCCCACUGCCGGUGGCGGCACGGCCGGGGGCCCCGGUAACGGCGCUGGGGGAGGCGCGGCGGGGACCAGCCGGCUGCUCCAGCCCAUCCGAGCGACCGUCCCGUACCAGCUCUUGCGGGGCAACCAGCACAGCCCGACCCGGUGCCCCUCCGCCUCGGUGGGCAGCGGCACGGGGCCGGGGGGUCGCGGCGGGGGCAGCCCCCCUCCGCCGCCCAGCGCGACGCCGCCGCUGGCAGCGGGCGGAGUGGAGCCGGGCAGGGUGAAGGGCAGGCAGCGGCGCUCGCCGGAGAGCGGCGGCAGCAGGAGGAGCAGCUCACCUGAGAGACGGAGCCCCAGCUCCCCGGUGUACAGAGUGGACAGGCCAAAAUCCCAGCAAAUCAGAACUUCUGGUACCAUAAGGCGAACUUCUUCUUUGGACACAAUAACAGGACCUUACCUCACAGGACAGUGGCCACGUGAUCCCCAUGUACACUACCCUUCAUGUAUGAAAGAUAAAUCUACUCAGACACCCAGCUGUUGGGCUGAAGAAGGAGCAGAAAAGAGAUCACAUCAGCGCUCAGCAUCGUGGGGCAGUGCCGAUCAAUUGAAAGAGCAGAUUGCCAAACUGAGGCAGCAGCUUCAGCGCAGUAAGCAGAGUAGCCGUCACAAUAAAGAGAAAGAACGUCAGUCACCUCUCCAUGGCAACCACAUAGCAAUCAGUCAGACUCAGGCUUGUAUUUCCAGAUCAGUCCCUAUGCCACUGUCAAACAUUUCAGUGCCAAAAUCAACUGUUUCACGUGUGCCGUGUAAUGUAGAAGGAAUAAGUCCUGAACUGGAAAAAGUAUUCAUUAAGGAGAACAGUGGAAAAGAAGAAGUAUCCAAGCCUUUGGAUAUCCCUGAUGGCCGAAGGGCCCCAUUACCUGCUCACUAUCGUAGUAGUAGUACACGAAGCAUUGACACUCAGACUCCGUCUGUGCAGGAGCGCAGCAGCAGCUGCAGCAGUCACUCACCAUGUGUCUCUCCCUUUUGCCCUCCUGAAUCUCAGGAUGGGAGUCCUUGUUCAGCGGAAGAUUUACUCUAUGACCGUGAUAAAGACAGUGGGAGUAGCUCACCGUUGCCCAAGUAUGCCUCAUCUCCCAAACCAAACAACAGCUACAUGUUCAAACGAGAGCCCCCAGAGGGAUGUGAGCGAGUGAAGGUCUUUGAGGAAAUGUCGUCUCGUCAGCCUGUCUCAGCCCCUCUCUUUUCAUGUCCUGACAAAAACAAGGUUAAUUUCAUCCCAACCGGAUCAGCUUUCUGUCCUGUAAAACUUCUGGGCCCCCUCCUUCCUGCUUCAGACCUGACGCUGAAAAGCUCUCCAAACUCUGGUCAAAGCACAGCUUUGAGCACCCUGACUGUUGAGCAGCUUUCGUCUCGGGUCUCCUUCUCGUCUCUGUCAGAUGACACCAGCACAACAGACUCCACGGAGGUCCCGGUACAGCCGCCGUCCCAGCAGCAGCAGCCGCUUUUGCAAGAAAUUCAGACUGAAGACCAUUCCUCUGCUCAGAGCUACGUGCUAAUCUAGACAAGGCGGAGCAGGCCUCUGCCCCGAAACAAGGACUGAGGAGAUUGUAGCUCAGAUACAUCUGCAUGAGGUGGCAACCUUUCAGAACAACACAGAAUACUUAGCAGCAUUUUAAAAAAUAUCUCAACACUGUUCUUGGCAGGGACAGAAUCCGUAUUCAGCAUUUUUUGUGAGAAAGCAGUAAUGCCUGCAGAAUCCAUAUAUCAUUAAGCGUUUUAAGUGGAGACUAUGCAUUUCAUAGUACGUUUGACCAGAUUAGUACUGUGUCCUGUGUCCUGUUUCAAAUUCUACAGUAUAAAUAAGCUCUUUCUCUCUAUAUAUAUAUAAAAAAAAAAUGUUGCCUGUCUGAAUAGAAAAUGUCUUGCUGUGUUGUGUCCUAUGGAAAAUACUGUACUUCAGGAUUAUGUUUACAAUUGAUCCAGGUGUUUGUUUCUAACUUCUGUAAUACACACAAUGCAAAAAAAAAAAAAAAAAAAUGGCCACAACAGUUGCACAGUGCCCACCCUAUGGCCUAGCUUCAGGUACUUCUCUUGAAGUCUAAACUCAGGUAACUUGGAAUGUAUAUCAUAUUGGAAUAUAAAAUAUUUUACAGCUACAAAGCUAAAGAGGGAACAUCACUCUUUUGCCUUUCCUUGUUUUAUGCAUUAAUAUUUCCUCAUUACAUUCCACUUUCUUGGAAUAAGUGCAUUCAGAUCCAGGUGAACAGUGACCCUGGACAUGGGUGAACAUGAGGAGAACCAGCAAAUCUGUGAUGUAAAUCACGUUGUCAUGUGCUUACAAGUAAAACAACUGUUGCAUUUACUGUCAUUUCAAUAGAUGUAAAAAUGUGGCAUUUAAAGGUUUCAGGUGUUGCUCAGUUAAUGACUGUUAAACUGUUGCAAAUAAAGUGUUCAGUACUAGGCUGUACAUGAGAAACAUUCCACAUUGUGUGUGAGAGGAUUUUGAAAGACAAGAAUGUUUUUGUUCAAGGACAGAAAUUCUUUCAGGUUUCACAGGGGUUGAUGGGGAUUUCCUCUCAUGGUUUUUGUUGGCAGUUAAGGAUGUGAAAUGCUACUGUUACUGUCUAAAAGUCAAAUUAAUGUUUAGUUUCUCUUUUGGAAAUGUUCAUUCAUUUGCUGGUUGGAAAUAGGUUUUCAGAUUUUGUCAAGCAGUGUUAGAUGAGCAGCGUUUUAUUUAUGUAGUGAGUAAUUGUGUUUGGAUUAAAGUCCGAAAGUAGCAAGUGGGUGUUCUAAGAGGGGUGGGUAAAAGAAUAGUUUUAAGUUCAUGUUACUUAAAGCUUCUCCCAUAAUUUUCAGUUACUUAAGUUGUGUGUGUAAAAGUGUGCUUUCCCUUCUCCUUAAGUGUGAAUAAAAGAAAAAUCCAUGUAAAAUAAUCCUGGUUUUGCAGGCUGGACACUUUCUCAAAAUACUGCAUGGCAAGAUCGGGUUCAUGGUGCUCUUCUAUUGUACUGGAAAAAGGAGCAUUGCUGUCAGAGAUAAUUUCCUGUGAUACAAAGAGAACCCUAAAGGCAAAAUAACUUGAUGUUCUUGCUCUGUUGCUUUCAGCUCAGUGGAACUACGUUUAUGCUGUCUGCUCCUAAGAGAAUAAAGUUCACCUUUUCCAGGAAUUGAAGAGAUUAGUAGCCUGCAGCUCCUGAGCAUUUAAACUGCUCCUUUAUGUUCUUUUCCUUUUUUGAAGAUGAGAUUGGAGGGGGGGGGUGAGAGCCACAAAUUACUAUUCACUAAAUAUGUGCUUUCUUUGGAGAUGAAGCAUUGCUUUCUUUCAAGUUUUCUUUCUCUUCCUGAGUUCUUGUUAGUGCUAUCUUACAAGGUGGAAUUUGCAGCCUACAAAACAGUCACUGCUUUUUGACUCCCGUUUUAGAAAAUACAGAAGAAGAAAGAGAUCUCUAACCAUUUUCAUAUGAAAAUCCUUUAAACACAACAGCCAUCUUUAACCCUACUAAUCUCAGGCCUAGGUGAAAACACUAUAUAUUUUAUAGACUGAAGAUAAAGGGGAGGAAAUACUCUUAAGUAUCGAUUCCUUUUAAUAUUUUUCUUUCUAGAUUAACAUUGCAGUAUGAUGAAUUUUUUAUGCUCUGGUUGUGUCCAGAUAAGAAAUUGUAGUCUCAGUUAUUGGUGUUAGGUUACCAGGGGAUAUGAUGAGUGGUUUUUAGAUCAGUGCUGAACUCUGUACAAUAUUUGCAAAUGCCAUUACAUGUUCUUUAUAUUUUUUCCACGAGAAACUAAAUAUUAAUGAAAUUGCACAUUUGUUCUUAGCAGAUUUGGAGGUUUGGAACCAAAUGUGUUAAAGCUAAUGCUUUGCCAUGUAAAUUUCCCAGCAGUUGUUUAUCUCAAUUGUAUUCUACAUGCAGCUGUAGAAAUUUGUCAAAUAUUGUUUAAAGUUUUGUACAUAGUUGUACUGUUAUUUCUAGCCACUGUGCUGAACAGUAUUCGAGUUAUCACACAAUAUUGCUUUACACAAGGAAAUGUGUGGCUUUUGUUUUGUAUUUUUUUCGGUAUAGAAGUUCCUGUGUCUUAUUUAAAUAAAAAUUAUAGUUAAAAAAAAAAAAAAAAGUGGUGGGGACAACACACAAAAGCAGUGGCUCAUUUAUUUGUUUUGGAAACUGCAUGAAAAACCAUAGGAUGAGAUUGAAGUUAAAUAUUGUUCCAGAUUUACAUCUAGAACAAUGUCAACCAUGCUAUGUCUUUGAAAUAAGAUAUUAUUUAUUGAUUUUUGCAUAAUGCUCCACUGGGGGGGGAGAAUCCUAAAAAAUAGUGGAAUGCUUAAAUAUGCUUUAAAUAGAUAAUUUUAUUUCUGUAUAUAAUGAGGUGUUUCUUCACAGCUCAGAAAAAAAAUCAGUUAUUUGAAACUGUGUAUCUACUGCUGUGUUUGUGGUAUGACUAAUUUCAAGUUAUCUGUUGAAAAUUAUGAAAGCCAUUAUAUGUUUCACUAUGUGAAACUAAACACCUAAAGGAUGUGGUAUAAAUCUA